AUGGUAGAAAAAGUAGAAAAGGAUCCCAAUGUCUAUUUGUUUGCUCCCAAUCUAAUUGGAUUUACUAGAGUUUUUUUGGUUUUGAUUUCGUUGUGUUUCAUGUCAUGGCACCCAAAUUAUUGCACGAUUCUGUAUUUAUUUUCUAGUUUAUUAGAUGCCUUUGAUGGUUGGACAGCCCGCAAGCUGAAUCAGUCUACUAAUUUUGGUGCCAUCCUAGACAUGGUCACUGACAGAUGCGCAACUUCAUGUUUGCUCUGUUUCCUUUGUGCUGCGUAUCCGAAGUAUGCUAUUAUCUUUCAGUUGCUUGUAAGUUUGGACCUUGCCAGUCAUUACAUGCACAUGUAUAGCACAAUCCAUCAAGGUGCCAAAUCUCAUAAAUCAAUGACAAACAAACAUUCUUGGUUGUUACGCAUGUAUUAUAGUAACAACAACGUUCUUUUCGUUUUUUGCGCCGCAAACGAAAUGUUUUUUGUCGCACUUUACUUGCUUUCAUUCACGCCAGCUUCUCCUCCCAAAUUAGGUUUCGUCCGUGUACCUACUUUUGUCUAUUCAACUGGCUACUUACCACUUUCUUAUCCUACCCUUUUGACGGUGCUUUGUGGGCCCAUCUGUUUUGCCAAGCAAUUGAUCAAUGUCGUCCAACUUGUCAACGCCUCUAACGCACUUGUCGGUAUGGAUAUUGAACAAAGAAAAAAUCCAAAGAAAACGAAGUAG